AUGCAAAGCGUGACACGACUGUGCCACACAAAAAGCAUGGUCACUGUGAACGGGCAAUUUCCUGGACCUCGCAUUGUAGCUAGGGAGGGCGACCGUCUACUUAUCAAAGUCACAAAUCAUGUUCCCAACAAUAUCUCCAUCCAUUGGCAUGGAAUUCGACAGCUGCGUAGUGGAUGGGCCGAUGGACCUGCGUAUAUAACACAGUGUCCCAUUCAAACUGGGCAGAGUUAUGUGUACAAUUUCACUAUAACUGGCCAAAGGGGAACCCUUUGGUGGCAUGCACAUAUUUCAUGGCUAAGAUCAACUGUUCAUGGUCCUCUAAUCAUUCUACCCGAGCAUAAUGUGCCUUAUCCAUUUCAAAAACCUUACAAGGAAGUCCCCAUCAUAUUUGGAGAAUGGUUCAAUACAGAUCCUGAGGCCGUAAUUAGCCAAGCUUUAAAAACAGGUGGUGGUCCAAAUGUUUCUGAUGCCUAUACUAUCAACGGAUUGCCAGGGCCCUUGUACAACUGCUCCAAGAAAGAUACAUUCAAGCUGAAGGUUAAGCCUGGAAAAACUUACCUCCUCCGUAUGAUCAAUGCUGCACUCAAUGACGAGCUUUUCUUCAGUAUUGCAAACCAUACUCUCACAGUUGUUGAAGCUGAUGCAAUUUAUGUUAAACCCUUUGAAACUGACACAAUUCUUAUUACCCCUGGACAAACCACAAAUGUUCUUCUUACAACAAAACCUAGUUUUCCAGGUGCCACCUUUCUCAUGACUGCUAGACCAUAUGUUACUGGACAAGGCACUUUUGACAACUCCACAGUUGCUGGAAUUCUAGAAUAUGAGUCACCAAUUCAUUCUAGCUUCUCCAUCAAGAAUCUUCCCCUCUUCAAGCCAACUUUACCCCCUCUAAAUGACACGUCCUUCGCCACAAAUUUCACGAAAAAAUUGCAUAGUUUAGCCAGUCGGGAGUUCCCCGCUAAUGUCCCCGACAGAGUUGAUCAACGUUUCUUUUUCACAGUCGGCCUCGGGACAAGCCCUUGUGAGAAAAACCAGACAUGUCAAGGACCAAAUGGAACCAAAUUUGCAGCAUCAGUUAAUAAUAUAUCUUUUGUACAACCAAACACGGCUUUACUCCAAUCCCAUUUCUUUGGCCAAUCCAAAGGUGUAUACAGCCCUUAUUUUCCAAUCAAUCCAUUCCACUGGUUCAACUACACUGGAAACUCUCCAAACAAUACCAUGGUUGGAAAUGGGACAAAAGUUAUGGUUUUGCCAUUUAAUACUAGUGUUGAGCUAAUCAUGCAGGAUACUACCAUUCUUGGUGCUGAGAGUCACCCUCUUCAUUUGCAUGGCUUUAAUUUCUUUGUUGUUGGACAAGGAUUUGGAAACUAUGAUCCUAACAAGGACCCUGAAAACUUCAAUCUUGUCGAUCCAAUAGAAAGGAACACGGUUGGAGUGCCCUCAGGUGGAUGGGUUGCAAUUCGGUUUUUAGCCGAUAAUCCAGGUGUAUGGUUCAUGCAUUGUCACCUGGAAGUGCACACAAGCUGGGGUUUGAAAAUGGCAUGGCUUGUCUUGGAUGGAAAGCUUCCCAAUCAAAAGCUCCUUCCUCCACCUUCGGAUCUUCCCAAAUGCUGA